UAAUUUUUUUGCAUUUCUAGAAAAAUGGUCUGUAUCUGACCUCUAGCUAGGGGAUGGGGCAGCCUCCGAAUGAGUUUACCCUGGAGGCUGUUCGUCAGCUGAUGUUAGCUCGUGGAGGCCGGGUGACCAACCAUGAGCUUGUAAAGAGCUUUAAACGUUGGCUAACAGAUCCUAGUCUGAAGGAGGAAGCAAGGAUACAAUUCAAGGACUAUGUGAACACACUGGCAACCAUCAAGCAGGAGCACGGAGAGAAGUAUCUUGUUUUGAAGAAAAAGUUUUAUCCUGAAUAUUAUCAAAACUCUCCUAAACCUCAUUUUCAAGAGUUUUAUACAAACAAUCCUGAAACUCUUUACAGUCCAGAUUAUGGAAGGGGAGGAGGAGGAGGGGAGUAUGGAAGGGGGGCAGGAGAAGGUGUAUCCCGACUGGAAGGAUCGCCUAGUCUCCUUGAUGAAGUUAUGGCUGGAUUUAACCCUCCAUCCCGAACCCUAGCUCGGUCCCAGCCGUCCUCUCUAGAUGCACAGUUAGCUUCUCAACCUACAGUUCCUAACUUUACCCUGGGAAAUGGUCCACAGAGCUUAGGAUCCUAUCAGGGAAAUACCAAAUCAAACCCGUAUACACAGGACAAUAGAAGAUUAGAAAAGGAAGGAGGAAGGAUUAACCAAUAUAUUCCGCAAACUCAGGAUACUAGGUACGAUAGACAGUCUUCACAAGAUCUGAGAUAUGAUAGACAAUCUUCACAAGAUCUGAGAUAUGAUAGACAGUCUUCACAAGAUGUGAGAUAUGAUAGACAAUCUUCACAAGAUGUGAGAUAUGAUAGACAAUCUUCACAAGAUGUGAGAUAUGAUAGACAGUCUUCACAAGAUCUGAGUUAUGAUAGACAAUCUUCACAAGAUCUGAGAUAUGAUAGACAAUCUUCACAAGAUUUGAUAUAUGAUAGACAAUCUUCACAAGAUCUGAGAUAUGAUGGACAAUCUUCACAAGAUCUGAAAUAUGAUAGACCAGCAUCACAAAAUGUGCGUUAUGAUCGACAACACUCUCAAGAUUUGCAAACCAGUCAGUUUAUUUCUCCGCCUGUAUUCCAGGAUCCUGGAGAAGAUGUUUACAAUCCUGGAGCAUUUUCUCCACAUUUUGCUCCCAGUUCUCGACAAUCUGUUUCAAGUUUUACUUCCCAGCAAAGCUCAGGAUCAUACAACGGUUCUCCAAGAUCUAGUUUUGCUAAAUCAAGUUAUGCCAGUGGUUCCUCCCGAUCUAGUAUAGCAGGGGGUGUAGGAACAACAUCACCUAGAUCUAGUUUAGCUCACACCGGACUUCUGUAUCAGGAUACACGACCAGGUGGACAGUAUCCUGGUUUGCCCCCACCUGGUCAGCAGUAUCCUGGUUUACCCACACCAGGGCCCCCGUAUAACCAAGGAUUUAACCCUGAGGGACGGAAAGGUCCACCCUCAGUAUAUUCCGGAGGUUCUCCAAGAGGAAGUAUAUCUCAACCCUCCCCUGCAGCCUAUUUAUCCCCUAGAGGAAGUAUGUCUCAACCCCCGUCAGAUUAUAUAUCCCCACCUGAUCAGUAUUUAGACCGGAGACAACCUGAUAAACGCCCGCCCCCUUAUCGCCCUCCUCCAAUAGAUCCAGAACCCCCUAGCCUGGAACGCCGAGCUGUUCCUCCUGUCAACGGUUUGCCAGAGAUGUACGAGCGACCUACCCGUCUUGAUCUAGGAUUACCGCCACCCCCGCCCCGACAAGACUUUGAUUUAAACCCACCUCCCCUCCCUCGACGCCCUGUUCCUCAAAGCCGAGAUAUAAUACCAGAAAACCUUGGCAUUCCAGUCAAACCUAAAUCCUUACUUGACUCCAUGGCUUCUGCAUCUUUGUCCAAGUCUUAUGGAAACCUGACGGUCGAUGAGAACAAGGAGAACAUGAGGAUGGAAGGAUCCCAGAGCGUCGACAACCUAACUAAGGAGCAGGAGAAGAUUAGUGUGCGGGAGAGAACUAAGACUUUUAACCGGAUGGCCAGUGAGACGGAGAUCUCCGGUAUCUCUGGAAGCACGACCAGGCUGAGCUCGGUGAAGCGAAGGAACUCUAGAGCUGUGGAUAUUGGUUCUCGGAGAAGUUCGGCAGUAUCAAGGGAUGAUGAAUCCCAUGACUCCGCUAGCAUUACAACUCUAGAUCCAACCAUAAAAUCCUGGAUGGUUCAAGUCUCAAAAGGAGAUUACCAGACUGCUGCUAAGAUGCUGAUGGAGGAGCCAAAACUUGCCAGAAAUAAGGAUUUUACGAGCGGAUAUACUGGACUGCACUGGGCCUGUAAAUAUGGUAAUCUGGAUAUGGUAAAACUUCUGGCUGGUACAUAUCAUGCAAACGUUAACGCCAGAUCUCAUGGAGGAUAUACCCCGCUCCAUAUUGCAGCUCAACACGGUCAACAGCAGGCCUUUGAUCUUCUAGUUCAAGCAUAUAAAGCAGACGCUAACCUCAGGGAUUUUGCUGGGAAACGAGCUCGGCAAUAUAUGAUGCAAUCUGAUACAAGCACAAUCUCUCUUAGUAACCAUACCUUCAGGUAGAAUACAAUAAUUUAAUAU